AUGUCCUAUAACAUAAACGACCGCAUUCCCCUCCCCAAUUCCGCCGAUCGCAUCCCGCGCCUAGGAUUUGGCGUCUACCGCUCCCCGCCAGAUCAGUGCGUGAAAUCCGUGCACAAGGCAUUGGACGUGGGAUACCGACACAUCGACACAGCACAGCUCUACGGCAAUGAGGCUGAGGUCGGCGAAGCUUUGCGCACAGCCAAUGUAUCCCGUGAAGAGGUCUUUGUGACGAGCAAGAUCCUAGUCCCAGCUGGAUCGCCAGAGGCUACCUAUGAGAAGCUGGUAGAGAGUGUGGAGAAGGUGGGCGGGCCAGGCGGUUAUGUUGAUUUAUUCUUGAUUCAUAGCUCCAAGUCUGGCUCUGCGGGUCGCAAGCACUUGUGGCAAGCUUUAGAGAAGUUGCGCGAGGCGGGGAAGACAAAGAGCAUUGGUGUGAGCAAUUUUGGAGUGCAGCAGAUUGAGGAGAUGCGGGCAUAUGCCAAGGUGUGGCCACCACAGGUUAAUCAGCUCGAGCUCCACCCAUGGUGCCAGCAGCGUGAAAUCAACGACUACUGCAGGCAGAAUGACAUCGUCGUCGAGGCAUAUUCACCCAUAGUGCGCAACUACAAAGCGAAUAAUCCCACCCUCGUGGAGGUAUCACAGAAUUACAACAAGACCACUCAACAGGUUUUGAUCCGAUAUGCACUGCAGAAGGGAUGGGUACCGCUUCCCAAGACAGAUAAUGCGGAUCGCAUUGCUGCGAAUGCCGACCUCUUCGACUUUAAUAUCAGUGCAGAGGACAUGCGUACCCUGGAUGCGCUCGAUCAAGGAGCCGAGGGAGCCAUCGUCGAGGCAGUGGUAAACGAGUGA